AUGCGCGAAUUGGCCGUCAACAUGGCUUCCUCGCGGCCGUCAACCCUCCAGCGCUUCAUGCCUGCCAUGAAGAACUUCGUGCGCAACUACUCUGCCCCCGGCGAGGGCUCAAUCCCCCCGGCCAAGCAGAAGUACAUUCCUACAUCUGGCACCUAUCCGAAGGGUUUCCUCGCUUCCAGCGCCCAUGUCGGUGUCAAGGCUUCGAACACCCGUUUCGAUGACCUUUGCCUGAUCGCAUCCGAGACGCCUUGUUCCGGUGCCGCUGUCUUCACCACCAACAAGUUCCAGGCUGCACCGGUGACUGUCAGCAGGGAUAUGCUUAAGGCGCGGAGUGGUGCAGGAAUUCGGUCCGUGGUUGUGAACUCGGGUUGCGCCAAUGCUGUCACUGGCAAGGGCGGUAUCGAGGAUGCAGUUGCCAUGGGUCAGAAGGCAGACGAGUGUUUUGGCGGCGAAAGCGAUGGCAAAGGUAGCCGGAGCAUUGUCAUGAGCACUGGUGUCAUUGGCCAGAGGCUUCCUAUCCAGAAGAUCCUCGAUAAGAUUCCGACGGCCCACCAAGGUCUGGGCAAUGACCACGCCAACUGGCUCAAGGCUGCUCGCGCUAUAUGCACCACCGAUACUUUCCCCAAGCUUCUCUCCCGGCAAUUCACUCUCCCCAGCUCCCCGAACACCACGUACUCGAUCGUCGGCAUGACCAAGGGCGCUGGCAUGAUCCACCCCAACAUGGCUACUCUUCUCGGAAUCAUCUGCACUGACGCCCCCAUUGCUCCUUCGGCCCUGCAGCCUCUUUUGACUGCCGCUGUUACCAAGAGCUUCAACUCGAUUUCCAUCGACGGCGACACGAGCACUAACGACACUGUUGCAAUCCUGGCUAACGGCGCGGCUGGCGGCUCUGAAAUCAGCUCCGCUUCCAGCACUGGCUAUGCCGAGUUCGAGAAGAUCCUGACCGAUUUUGCUGCCGACUUGUCCCAGCUUGUCGUCCGUGACGGCGAGGGAGCUACUAAGUUUGUCACGAUUCGGGUUACCAACGCUGCCACCUACGCGGACGCGAAGAAGGUUGCAUCCACCAUUGCUCGCUCUCCUCUGGUCAAGACUGCUCUGUACGGCAAGGACGCUAACUGGGGCCGCAUUCUGUGCGCUACCGGCUACGCUGAGGGCGUUGAAAGUGUCGUCCCCACCCAGACCAGCGUCAGCUUUAUCCCUACUGAUGGCUCUGAGGAACUCAAGCUGCUUGUCAAGGGCGAGCCUGAGAAGGUUGAUGAGGCUCGUGCGGCUCAGAUCCUCGAGGCUGAGGACCUGGAGAUUUUGGUCAGGUUGAGCGAGACGCCUGGCGAGGAGGCCGUGUACUGGACUUGCGAUUUCAGCCACGAGUAUGUCACCAUCAACGGCGACUACAGGACGUAG